AACCUAUUACAAAGAAUACUAUCUGUAUGUUUUGUUGAACGUUUGCUGAAAUAAAGCAGCGAAUCUAUAACUGUAACUAACCGCCCUAAGCUAUCUACAGUAUUCGGCGAGCAAGUGAGCUAGCUAACAGUAAUACAUUGGAGCAAGACACAACUCGAUAGCAGGUGUCCCCUCUUUCUCCAGGGUCGUGUGCAGAGUGCUGGCGGUAUGGUGUUGCACAGCACAAUCCGAAAUCUUAGGUGUCCCCUCACCCUCCUAGUGGCCAUGGUUCUCUUCGAGGUCAUAUCCCAUGCACAUGCCAGCAAGAGCUUUGAGGACGUGCGCUGUAAGUGCAUCUGCCCUCCGUACAGGAACAUCAGUGGACACAUCUACAACAGGAACGUGUCUCAGAAAGACUGUAACUGUCUGCAUGUGGUAGAGCCCAUGCCAGUGCCGGGUCAUGAUGUGGAGGCGUACUGUCUGCUCUGUGAGUGCAAGUAUGAGGAGCGCAGCAGCAACACCAUUAAGGUGACCAUCAUAAUCUACCUGUCUGUGGUGGGCUCCCUCCUGCUAUACAUGCUCUUCCUGCUGCUGGUCGACCCCCUGAUGCGCAAGCAGGACAUCUACACCCAGCCCUUACAGAACGAGGAGGACACAGAGGACAUGCGGGCCCCUGUGGAGGGGCUGCAGGUGCGGGGGAGCACGGUGCUGGAGCGGGUGGAGGGGGCCCAGCAGCGCUGGAAGAAACAGGUUCAGGAGCAGCGCAAGACCGUCUUCGACCGCCACAAGAUGCUCAGCUAAACCUCCUGUGCUGCGCUGGAGCCCGGCUCCGCCCCUUUACACAACCACACCCCUGCUCUGCAACCAUACCCAUCCCUACGCACACCACAGCCUUCAGCUCAUCCACCAUCUCCACCUGGCAAUUGCGGCAGUGUUUCGGUAAUGUCCACGGCGUUACAGGGACAUUGUGAGAACGUUGCCUGUCAUUCCCCAUGCGACUCUGCUGUCAUUUCAGCCUGCUCUCCCCCAAGCCCUCAGUGUUCUUUCAAGAAGCUCGCUUGUCAUUUUCUGGUUGCGUGCUCCAGAAUCUCUGCGCACAAGGGUGUGGGCCUCCUUUGGCCUUUUCCUGACCGUCCUCCACUCAGAGGCGAGGGAUCUGCAUGGGCCUGCAGUGUGCUGUCUGUAAGCAGGAAACUGCUCUGCCAGGUGUGAAGGCACUUGUCAACAGUGGAUCUCUGCACUUUUACUCUGCCUUUCAUUUGCAUUUUUUCUUUCUUUCCUUGCUGUAGUGCAUUUGGAAGAUACAAUGGGGAAAUCUUUAUUUGACUGAAUUUCAUGUAAUUCUGAAUUUGAGUUAAUCUGUGUGGAAACGGAUAGAUCUAUUUGCACCGUCACAUUCAGCUGGUUGGUGUCACUGACAUAAAACCAGGCUUUUGUAAUAGAUGCAUGUCUGUUAUCAUAGCUUGGUUAAAUGCAAGCAGUCCUUUGUAGGCAGUCAUUUUUAUCUGUGUGAUACAGAUCAGAAAGGGAAAGCUUUAGUUUGAAUGUCGUCUUUGUGAAACACUUUUGGAUCUUGCACUGUAUUACUGUUGGGUUUGCACUGGGCUGGCUGUAAUAUGAGGCCCUGUCUUUAAUGUCAUAAUAUCAUUAUUAUAUUUAUGUCAUGUGUUGUAGGCAUAUGUUGAAUUUUGAAUUCUGUUUGUAUCAGGUGUAGAAUCACUGAAUUGCUCUUGCUCUUGAUUUCUGAGCAUGUGUCGUUGCAUUGGAAACGCUCCAUUCCGUGGAAUGGUGGUGAUGCGUAAUGGUGGACGCUGCCAUUCCAUCACUGUUCCCUCCAUCACAGGGAGUUUCUCUCUCUGUGUGUCUGCGCCUCCGGCCACACGGGCUGCUGUUGUUCCCUAAUGCCCCCUGGAACUCCCAGAAUUCCACCCUCCUGCUGUUUAUGUAAUCUGUAUGACUGUACGGCUUGCACUUUGUACCUCAAAUAGAGUUAAAGCACUGUUUUGAUUUUUUUAAAGGGCCAUGUGAUUUUUUUUAAAUAUUAGA